AUGGCGGCGUACCUGAGCAUGGGCGAGGCGCACCGCCGCAUCGCCGACUACCUCUCCCGCUUGGAUGACGCUAUCUCUCAGUCCGACGGCGCCGACCUCGCCUCUCUGCUCGCCAUCUCCUCGGCGCCCGCCUCCACCCCGCUCUCCGACGCGCUCGCCGCUUUUCCGGAUUUCGGCCGCCUCGCCGCCGACCGCUUCCCCCACCUCUCCGACUUCCUCCCGUCGCUACUCCGCGCCAUUCACUCCCACUCCCUCCGCCGCUUCGGGGACGCCUACUCCUCCUUCGAGAAGGCUGCUAGCGCGUUCCUGCAGGAGUUCAGGAACUGGGAGACUCCUUGGGCGAUGGAGGCGAUGCACAUGGUGGCGCUUGAGAUCAGGCUGCUAGCUGAGAAGGCAGAUAGAGAGCUUGUGAUGAGCGGGAAGAACCCAGACAAGCUGCAGGCUGCUGGGUCCUUCCUGAUGAAAGUUUUCGGGGCACUUGCGGUUAAAGGACCUAAGCGCGUUGGGGCACUGUAUGUUACCUGCCAGCUGUUUAAAAUUUAUUUCAGGCUUGGUACUGUUAACCUUUGCCGUAGUGUCAUAAGGAGUAUCGAAACAGCUAGGAAUUUUGAUUUUGAAGAUUUUCCAGUGAAAGAUAAGGUCACUUAUAUGUAUUAUACAGGUCGCUUGGAGGUGUUUAAUGAGAAUUUUUCUUGUUUGAAUCAGGCUGAUCAGAAACUAACUUAUGCUUUGAUGCAUUGUAAUCCUCAAAGCGAAUCAAAUUUGAGGAAAAUUUUGAAGUUUCUAAUCCCUGUAAAGCUGUCAAUUGGUGUUUUGCCAAGGAGGACCCUCCUGGAGAAAUACAAUCUGCUUGAGUAUGCAGAUAUUGUGACCUCACUUAGGAGAGGGGAUCUGAGGCUCCUUAAGCAAGCCCUUGAUAGACAUGAAGACCAGUUACUAAAAUGUGGUGUCUACCUUGUGUUGGAGAAACUUGAACUCCAGGUCUACCGAAGAUUAGUGAAGAAAAUCCAUAUCAUACAGAGGGAGAAGGAACCAUCGAAGGCGCAUCAAAUCAAGCUAGAGGUCUUGGUAAAGACUCUCCAAUGGCUUGGAAUCACCAUGGAUGUGGAUGAGGUGGAAUGCAUCAUGGCGUGCCUAAUAUACAAGAAUCUCAUAAAAGGAUACUUUGCCCACAAAAGCAAAGUUCUUGUCCUUAGCAAACAAGAUCCCUUCCCAAAGUUGAACGGGAAGCCCGUUUAG